AAAGACUGGGAAACUAAUUAGCAUGAUAGCAAAUAUUUCAAAGAAUAUAAAAGAGCUUGUUAUUCCCUCCUUUCAUGUAGCCACAAGCUGAGCUAUUAGAAAGCUGACUCAUCCCACUCAUGGAUAAAUGAAGCAGAGAAAAGCUUGACUGUCCAAUUGGCCAAAGUGCCCCCAAGGCAGAAGUAAUGGUCAAGUCAAAAUGGGGUUCAUCCUUAAAAGCAAUAAUACUCAAAUUUCCCCAUGUCCUAGAUUUGCCGCCUCAUUCAUUGAAUCUAGAUCCACAUGUCUCGUGUGUAAGUCCACUUCAACAUCAUAUCUUGGUGAGCUUAUAAGAGUAUGUUGAAGCCGCCUUCUAGAUGAAUGAUGCAUUGCUCCAAAGAGUGAGAAAACAUAGGGAGACUAUCAUGCUUGAUUUUUUUGUUUUUGUUCUUGAAGUAGUUUAUGAAACCUACCUACAAACAAAAAGUAAAAGAAAAAUAAACAAAGUCAGAAUAAUGUUAAAAGUCAUCCCAUAACUUUGCAUGAUUUGGUGCUUCAACAAUUGCUAUAUGGAUUCACACAUUGUCGAUUUCCAAUCCUUAAGGAGCCUCGAAUGAAGCAAAAUAUCUUUGGACGCCUUGAGAUUUCCAUAGACUCCAAGGGUUAUAGAAAAGACACUUACAAGCAGUUCAACAUGCAUUACAAAGAUGGUCAUUCAUUACAAAGCAAAAGCCUAGUACAUCAGACUAAGUACAUCAACAUGGUAGCAUUCAAGUCCCUAGUAAAAUCUGACUCCUAGAUCUUUCAAAAGUACAAUUGUCUAUGAGAAGUUCCAUUCUUUUUCUUGAUGAAUCCCUUGAUUUCUGGAGCAACAUGAAGUGUAAUGUCGUUGAGCUUUUGAUCUUCAAGGCUACUCUUGGUUCUUGUCCUUCUAAGCUUGCCCCUUGGACUUGGCAAUUGUCUAUGAGGGAGAAAAAUGCUUGCAGUUAAAGAUCUCCUCAAUCCUCUGUUGGUCAAAGCUUUCUCCACGGAUGAAUUUUUCAAAAGGUGUCUUGAUUGACAAAGAAUCGCGCUUGACCAUGUAUGAACCCAUAUUUCAAUUGUUGAAGGCAGAGAAUCAAGCAAGAUUAUGGGAAUGCAAGAAAAGAAAUAAACAUGGAUGUCAAACAAUAGAUAAAGGAUGAAGGAACAUGAAUAUGCUCUAAAGUGAUAAUGUGUGUGUGGUUGUAUCCUAAAGCAUGCAUUGUUGGGAAUGCAAGAAAAGAAAUAAACAUGGAUGGGAAAUAAGAGAUAAAAAGAUGCAAGAAUAUAAAUUUGCUGACAAGUGGUAAUGUGUGUGAAAUUGUAUCCUAAAACAUGAAUUUUCCUUUAUUAAGUAUGCCAGGCAAAUUUCAAAGGAGAAGUUGGUGAUUCACUAUGGCAACCCAUUGAAUUGGCAUUCAUAGGAAAUAUCAUUCCUUUGAAAAGAAAGCAAAUGCUAUGAAGCUUGAAGAAAAAGUGAAUGGUGUGAUGCUUGGAGAAAAUGAAUGAUGUGAGGCUCCAAAAUCAUGUGCUCAAAUUAUUUUGAUGUUUAAAAGAUGGACUUUUCAUGAAUUUAUCUUGGAAGAACCUCUUUUUCUUUUUUUGUUUUCAAAAAAUGUGAAAUGCUUUGCAAAAUGCAUGUGGAUGAAAUUUCCAUUUUCAUUUUUAUGCACUUGUUUUUGAGCUAUGAAAUGGAAAUAGUGAUGGUUGAAAUGAGAUAUGUGAUGAAAAAAAGAAAUGUGAAGUGAACAUAGAAGAAAUUUUCAUUUUCAUG